AUGGCGAGGGCGCUCGGGGCGCUGGUCCCCGCCCGACUGGGGGGCGUGUUUCCCAACAAGGACAUUCUUUCGUCCCUUCUGCCUCUCGCUGAGGCGUCGCUUCGCUCGUCUCUGUUGUUGCCGCCAGCGAUUCGCUCGCCCGUGGCCUCCGCGAGGGGUUUUUCCACCGGCUCUGCGCAUGCAUCGCCACUCGCCUCCGCAGCUCGCCGUGAGCUCCUCCUCCCUUCCGCCGCCGCCGCCUCGCGCCGCAGCUUCUCAGGGACUGCGAGCAGCCGGAGGACGACAGACGCCUUCUGGGUUCGAAACCACAUGGGCGUCGUGAUUGUGCCGCACCAAACUGCCUACAUCGUCGAGAGGUUCGGGAGAUACGCGCGGACGCUGGACUCGGGCCUGCAUUUUCUGAUUCCGGUUAUCGACAAAAUCGCGUAUGCGCACUCGUUGAAAGAGGAGCCGAUCGUCAUUCCGAACCAAACAGCCAUCACCAAAGAUAACGUCACUUUGCAGAUCGACGGUGUCCUUUACGUUAAAAUCUGCAACGCGUAUGAUGCGUCCUACGGUGUCACGAAUCCGAUCUACGCGGUCUCCCAGCUGGCGCAGACGACGAUGCGCUCGGAACUCGGGAAGCUCACGCUUGACAACACGUUCCUCGAGCGAGAUGCGUUGAAUCGUAGCAUUGUCCAGGCCAUCAACCAGGCUGCCAAGCCGUGGGGGGUCACCUGCCUUCGAUACGAGAUCCGCGAUAUCCUGCUGCCUCCAAACAUCCGUGCAGCGAUGGAGCGUCAGGCUGAGGCCGAGCGGAGAAAGCGUGCAGACAUCUUGCAUAGCGAGGGCGAGCGCGAGAGCGCCAUCAACCUCGCCAGGGGUCAGAGAGAAAGCGUCAUUUUGCAGGCCGAGGGAGAGGCUGCGGCUGUGCGGCUUCGCGCGGAAGCUGCGGCGGCGAGCGUGCGCAAGAUUGCAGAGACCAGCGGCGUCUCGGGGGGCAUGCAAGCGCUCAGCUUGCAGCUCGCGGACAACUACAUCUCUGCGUUCAGCAAACUAGGAAAAAGCUGCAACACGCUCGUCGUUCCAGCGAACGCCGCGGACAUCGCGGGCAUGGUCACCCAGGCUCUCACGAUUUUCAAGAGCGUGGAUGCAUCCUGUAUGUCGGACAAGUUUGAGAAGCUGAAAGUGCCUUGCGCAGGCCCCACCAUGUUUGUGCCACUCUGA